UCUUCAUUCUUUGCUUGUUCUCUCGUUCGAUUCAAACUUUCUCUCUUCUUCAAAAGAAAACAACCCCCUCUCUCUCCUAUCAAGAUGCAGAUCUUCGUCAAAACCCUAACUGGAAAGACGAUCACGCUCGAGGUAGAAAGCUCUGAUACGAUCGAUAACGUGAAAGCUAAGAUCCAAGACAAGGAAGGAAUUCCUCCUGAUCAACAGCGUCUGAUUUUCGCCGGAAAACAGCUCGAGGACGGCCGGACUCUCGCCGACUACAACAUCCAGAAGGAGUCGACUCUCCAUCUGGUUCUCAGGCUUCGUGGAGGUAUGCAGAUCUUCGUCAAAACCCUAACUGGUAAGACCAUCACGCUCGAGGUCGAGAGCUCAGACACAAUCGACAACGUGAAAGCUAAGAUCCAAGACAAGGAAGGAAUUCCUCCCGAUCAGCAGAGGUUGAUCUUUGCUGGUAAGCAGCUCGAGGAUGGGCGAACUCUUGCUGAUUACAACAUACAGAAGGAGUCAACCCUUCACCUUGUCCUUCGUCUCCGUGGUGGUGAUUUCUGAAAUCCCUGCAUUUAGUUAUUGGCUUGUGCUUCUGCUUGUUAUGGUUCCAAGACAUUGAAAUAUGUGGUUUCUUCAGUAAGUAAAUAGUUUCUAUAUGUUCUAUAGUUUCUUACCGCUUUUGGGUUCUAAACAUUUCGACUCUUCUUUCAAUUCGAAGAAUUGAAUAAAAUCAUGUCGUGUUUGGUAUAUAUACAAUGUGUGGUUUGGUUUAUAUGUGUUUUGGU